UUGACGAUUGACGUAGCUGCCUGCCCUUGUUUAACCGGAGAACCAUUCAAUCUUGCCGGAGUAGGUUUAAGUGGCAAUGCAUCAAUAAUAGAAGUCGGUAAUUAUACGAACUUUAUGUCAACUCCGCAGUAUGAUACCGCAAAAUGGAAUUUUCGGGAAAUAUUAUCAUUAACCACCUACGAUUCCUUCAUCAUCGGAUCUGGUUAUGCCGCAAAGCCAUACAUGCCUUACAACGGACACCUUAUAAUGAACGCGGUGUACAGAGCACCUAUCACGAACGCGAGUCGCAUCGCUUUCGCAGAUAACGGACGGAGCAGAAGAGAAAUGUUAACUGACUUCUAUCAAAUAAUGUGCUCUUUUGUAGGCAACUUUUUUGUCAGCAAGGGCAAAAAUGGUAAUGUUCUUAGAGUGCGCGCCAAGGGUCGCGAAUCCAAUUUAGAUAAUAUAACAAUAAUGCAAGGCAUUCUUUACAAACGUUAUUGUGAAAAAAAGAAUUGUACUGUUGCUUUAGGUGGCGUUCUUAGGAUAAAAAAUGGACGAAUGGCGCAAAACAUUAUGCCGGGACAAUAUCCGCCGCGGGUGUCGUCAUUUAUCGAUCUCGCUAGAUGGUUUCAAUAUCACAACAUGUAUCUCGAGUCAGAUCUGAUAGUUGUUGGCACAAUAGUUAACACCAAAUCUAUUGGACACAGAAGUGCGUUACGGUUCGUCUCUACCAAUGAGGAAUCAUCAAUUCCAAUGUUUUUCCAAUUAUGGAGCAGGCGGGCAGUUUGUUAACGAUAUUACGAAGGACACGAUCGAGUAUAAAGAAUACUUCAAUUUAGCAACAACAAUUUAUGCUAUAGAACGGUGGCCAUGAUUUCCUCUUUAUUCUUAAAACUAUUUUCUUAUGUAUUUCUUAUAUGUAAGCACACAGAAGUUCAUGAAAUGCAGGGAAUGGUCUUGUUAAAGUACUUAAAAAUUUAGCUGAAAAUAAGUAAAAAAAUAAUUAUGUUCGUUCAAAUAAAUAAUUCUAAUUAUGUACACACAAACUAGUUGCAAAUAUGUCGAAACUUUUUGCAACAUUAUUAUG